GCGACGGCGUAGUUUUUCGUCCACGAUCGAUCACCCAAGCCACUGUAUAAUAAAACGCGUAAAACCUAAUGCGAUCUUCUUUCCACGAAUCACGUGAUCAGUCCCAUGACCAAGAUGGCUGCCGUGCAAACGAAGAAUCUACUCGUCGCGUUGUGGGCUUGUUUUUGUACUUUUGUGUACUGCAAGGAUGCUCUGUACGUCACACACUCACCUAGCUAUGUAGAAUUCCAGAAAGAUGCUGGGCCUAUCGAUGUUGCUGAACUACAAGAUGUCAUUACCCUUGCUCUUGGAUUUGAAAACACAAAAGAUCUGAACUGGGGCGGCCUCUCAGUCGGUGAUUUAUUUCAUCGACCAAAAGCAAAUAUCUUAAUCACCAUAGAAACCACCGAUAAAGAGAUAAACCUCGACCUGGGGAGCAAGACGAUCCCGUUUCCUCUCCAAGGAGGAGGAGAAGUUAACCUACAGUCGCUUCGAAACAAUAUCGCUUCCAUGUACGGUGAAGACAAACCACUAAUGCUUGAGGUAUCACCAGAUGUGAAGGGAGUACAAGUUUCUUCUGGUUUUCAAGACGUCUUCAAGACUAUUCCAGACACCGUGACAGGGAUGUUACCAUUACUUCAAGGAGAUCACUCUAUACUUCAAGACAAUAAUCUCGGCUCAUUGAACCUUAGUAAUCAUGCAGACGUUUCCCUUUUGAGCGAGUUACAAAUCUUAAGAGAGAUUGUCAUCAAGCUGAAAGAAAACCCAGCGGGUGUAUCUGAUAAUAUACCGGACGUCUUCAGUUUGAGUCUAUCGGGUCUUAGAGUCAUACAAAGCAAGUAUGGAAAUACGUCACCACAAGCUAAUGAUGCCCUCGCACUUCUGUCAUCAUUCCUUACUCAGUUUUCUGCUGAUAUAAUAAAGCUUUAUAAUGGUGAUGUACUUAUUGAAGUGAUGACGUCACACCAAGAUCCGCUUGUUAGCCGCCAUGGUAGAUCACUUUUGCAGAACGCAAAAGCAACCACAGCACCUCCCGCCACACCGCAGAUAGCUAACAGAGCCCCAUCUUACAGUGAAGACUACCCUGUCAUCUUCAAUAUCAUCUUAUGGAUGGUGAUCAUCUUGGCCUUAGCUAUUUAUGUUGUAGCUUAUGGAUUAGGAACUCUAGAUCCUGGAGAUACUAUCAUUUACAGGAUGACAAGUCAAAGGAUGAAGAUCGAUUAGGAUUGGAUGGGAUUAUAUUAGAUUAACUUAAUCUCGUUGGUGUUUUUGUUUUGUUCCAGAUUAAUGUGGUAUUAUUAUUAAACAUUCCUAACUUUAUUUUGAUGAUGAUUUUAUAUAAAUUAAGGUAGGGUCAUAGAAUGGUCGUCAAUAUAAUGCUAAUUUAUAGGCCAAAAAUAACAAGAAAGAUACAACAAAAGUCAGAUGUGAAAGUUUCAGCCGAAUACAGUGUUGAGAUAAGUGUCGAGAAUACAUAACAAAAACUCGCCAUCAGAACGUAGAACCCACGUAGCAAUGUGCGCGUGUUCCAACCACACUUUCAAAAACGAUGAAACACUUUUACCGUCUUUUUAAUAACAAGUAAGCUUUCAUAUGCAGAAAUUACAACAAAAACGGAAUCAUUACCAGUUUAUGAACCAUAACCUUUAGGUAAAUUUACCCAUUACAAGUGAAAGCAUUUGUUACUGAUAACAUAGAAAAGUAAGCAAUGUUCAGUACUUCGUCUGUGUAAAUUUUGUUUAAGAUUUUUUUUUUUCAAACGGCUUUCAAUCAUUUUAAGAAAUGUUGACAAAUUAAUCUGACAAGUUAAUGUUCCCGAUUCGAUUCGCUUAAUGCAAUCUAACAUUCAUGUGAUUUAAAUUUUGUGUUUCUAGGUCGAAUGUUUUUUGGGUUUUUUUUACAAAUCCGAAAAUGUGUUUUAAACACCUUUUUCUUUCUCCGAAACGUAUUUCAUGUGAUGAAUUUUGAUUUCGAUUGUUUCUUCUUUCUUUUUUUCUCCUGAAUAUAUUUACUUUUUUGUCGGUUUCCUUUGUUUAAACGUUGUUAUUGUUUAAAUCAUGAUUAAUACAAUGAUAACAAAUAUUAACGUUUCAGUCAAGUAUAGAAGUGUAAUUAUUUGUGGACAACAUUGUAGUUUAUAUUCCUCGUUUAAAAAGAGAUGCAACUCGCAAUGUAUGAUUGUUGGAUGGAUCAAAAAGUAUAGUUAUAUCAUAGUACUCAUUAAAGAUGAAUGGCCCGAUCUUUACCGAAAAGAAUUGUUCUCUCUUUCUCUGAACGGAGUUUGAAAGAUGAUGUUUUUUGCAAAAUAAAAAUGUUUCGCAUUUUUGCCAAGGACAAUGUGGCAUAUUUGGGACGCUUGGUGACAGAGGGCUUAUCGUGUAAAUGCAUUGGUCUCGGGUAUUUCCGCAUCACUCUCUGGCCCGAGUGGUUCCAUUUUCGCUCUUUUGAGAGUAAAAGUCAAUCUGUGUCACAAUUUUUGAGUGAAAUUGGAAGGAACUUCACUAUAAAACGAGUUGAAUGUACCCGUCUUUAACUCCAAGAAGAGUUGUCUUCUAUAUAAAUAUGGCUCUUCAAAAAAGUGGUAUGGAUGACAAAACGAGUGGUUUGUCACUCUUUAACAUUAAGUCUCCCGUGAAAAAUAUACAAAAUAUGCAAAAUUCUACAUGUUCGGUGGCAAUGAGCCGAUACUAAAUUAGUUGUAGUUUUUAAUUAACUACCGGUAUCACAUUGGCGCAUUAUUUCGUGCAAUAACCUUACAUACAAGCUUAUUACUCACUCGAAUCUAUAAACACAAUAAAUUAAAUAUGAAUUUAGGGGUAAAUUCAGUCCCAAAUCGGACCUAGCUUCUUGAGUCUCAACUUUGAUAUUUAUUAAUGUGUAAACGAAAAACUAUAGAGGAUAUGUUGUGAUUAUUAUACUUACCACAUGUACUGCGGUAAAAUGAAUGUACAUGUACCUCUAUUUAUACGAGCGUAAAUAAUUUGUUCCAGGGCUGUUAGAAAAAUGAAAAUCACAAGCUGACUGGACGUCUGUCCUAAAAUUGGGUGAGAGGAAUGCGGCACUCUUCUGUUGUUGCUAAACAAACAAGAACACUCCAUUUUGAUAUGUUUAUGUUGUUGUUUUGAGUGAGCGUUACGUAAUAACAUAAUGGAUAAUUACAUAAUAGAGUUUGGUGAAACAUGGCAUUAGCAAAGCCACCUUCCUGGCCGUUACGUGUAAUUUAGUCUUUGUGGCAAAACAAGCGUUUGUAACGGUGCCUGCGAGGGGACGUCUAUCACUUUCACUGUAGAGUGCUUGGCCGGGACCGAUGUGUUGAUUGUGGUCGUCACGUAAUACAUUUGUGUUCGGGUGUCGCGAAUUAAAAAGUGUUUUGGGGUUAUUUACCUGUGACGUAUUGGCUUCUGACUGAUGUAACUGUUGUUUACCGCGAAUUGUGAAAAAAACAUAAUUAAAACAGUUACCCCCCCCCCCUUGGUAUCGAUAUAUUGUUCUACUGUUGUAGGAAUCAAUGUUCACUAAUUGAUGGUAGUGGUUGAAAUUGCAAUCGGUAAUCUAUCAUAUAAUAUAUCUCAGUAAUUGUGUAUAAAACAAUUGAUGUAAUUGUUAUAGAUGAUCAAUUUUGUAUAAAUAAAUGUUUUUAAUUGAGAAAGACGA